AUGCCACCACUUAAUGUCUCAACACCUCAACAAUUCAGGCAAAAUGGAAAAAUGACAGAAGAAGACGAAAUGUUUUUAACGAUGGAAGUUAAUGAUUUAAAAGAAUUGGAAGAAAAAGCUAAAGCAGCCAAAUUCAAAACACAAGUUGUAUGGAGGAAUGUUGGUCUCUAUGUUUUGCUACAAACUGGUGCAACUAUUGGUCUAUAUCAGCUGUUUUUCACUGCCAAAUGGUUAUCUGUUGCAUGGGUUAUUAUUCUUUGGAUGGUUAGCGGUGUUGGAAUUACUGCAGGCCCUCACCGUUUAUGGUCACACAAAAGUUACAAGGCCAAAACUCCCCUAAAAAUAAUUCUUAUGUUCAUGAAUUGUGUUGCCUUUCAAAACGAUGUGAUUGAAUGGUCGCGUGACCAUAGAUGCCAUCACAAGUGGACUGACACUGAUGCUGAUCCAUAUUACCUUCCCCUUGUAUUCAUUUUCUGUUUUCUUCUCCCUACAGCAACAGCUGUCUUUUUAUGGGGUGAAUCCGUUUGGAUUGCCUUUUGCACAGCAGCAUUGUUUCGUUAUUGCUUGAAUUUGCAUGCAACUUGGUUUAUUAACUCAGCGGCACAUACCUUUGGCUACAAGCCUUAUGAUGUCGCAAUUAAGGCUACCGAGUCAAUGUUGACCACUUUGACUGCUUGGGGCGAGGGAGGACACAAUUAUCAUCACACAUUCCCCCAAGACUACCGUACUUCGGAGAUGCUCGGUGUCUUCAACUUUAGUCGACUCUUUAUCGACUUUUUUGCUAAAAUCGGAUGGGCCUACGAUCUUAAAACUGUGGAUGAAAAGACAAUUCAACGUCAAAUGGGCCGACAACUUGAAAGGCUGAAAGAGGAGGAGAAGAAAAAUAGUAGAGCAGCCUAA